UUUUUUUUUUUGAAAAAAAAAAAUAAAGAUCUCGUUCAAAGGAGAGGGGGUGGAGUUGAAUUCUGUUGUUCUUUUUCAUCAUCAUCUUUUAUUAGGGAAAAAUGUAUCAAAGUAACCAAAACCCUUCCCUCUUUUUAGGAGGUGAACGUACUACCGGACAGGAUGUUCGCGCAAGCAAUGUCCUCGCCGCCGCCUCUAUUGCAAAUAUUGUUAAAAGUUCUUUAGGCCCCGUCGGCUUAGACAAGAUGUUGGUUGAUGAAAUUGGUGAUGUGACCAUCACCAACGAUGGUGCUACCAUUCUUGGUUUGCUCGAGGUCGAACAUCCCGCCGGUAAAGUUUUAGUUGAACUUGCUCAACAACAAGAUCGUGAAGUUGGUGACGGUACUACCUCUGUCGUCAUUAUCGCUGCUGAACUUUUAAAACGUGCCAACGAACUCGUCAAAAACAAGAUUCAUCCUACCACCAUCAUUACAGGUUACAGAUUGGCUUCCAAGGAAGCUUGUCGUUUCAUUGCCAACGAAAUGGCCACUAAAGUCGAUACUCUUGGUAAGGAAUGUCUCAUCAAUGCCGCCAAGACCUCCAUGAGUUCAAAGAUUAUCGGAUCUGAUUCCAAGUUCUUUGCUAAUCUUGCUGUUGAGUCUAUUUUGGCCGUCAAGUCCACCAACAUGCGUGGUGAAACCAAGUACCCCGUCAAGGCUGUCAAUAUUCUCAAGGCCCAUGGUAAAUCUGGUCUUGAAUCACAAUUUGUUCGUGGUUAUGCUCUCAACUGUACUGUUGCAUCUCAAGCCAUGAAGAAGCAAGUCAAGAACGCCAAAAUUGCCUGUCUUGACAUGAACCUUCAAAAGGCGCGUAUGCAUUUAGGUGUUAAUAUUGUCGUGGAUGAUCCUGAUAAGUUGGAAGAUAUCCGUAAGAGAGAAAUUGAAAUCACAACCGAACGUAUCCAAAAGAUUUUAGAUACCGGCGCCAACGUGAUUUUAACCACAAAGGGUAUUGAUGAUUUAUGUCUCAAGCUUUUCGUUGAAGCGGGUGCUAUGGCCGUCCGUCGUUGUAAGAAGGAGGAUUUGAAGCGUAUUGCCAAGGCUACAGGUGCUACUCUUGUUUCUUCUUUAGCUAACUUGGAAGGCGAAGAAACCUUUGAAGCCAGCUCUCUUGGUCAAGCUGAGGAAGUUGUUCAAGAACGUAUCUCCGAUGAUGAAUGUAUUUUAGUAAAGGGUACCAAGAUCCAAAACUCAGCUUCCAUCAUCUUGCGUGGUGCUAACGAUUACAUGUUGGAUGAAAUGGAGAGAUCCCUUCACGAUUCUCUUUCGGUUGUAAAGAGAACUUUGGAAAGUAACAGUGUUGUACCCGGUGGUGGUGCCGUUGAAUCUGCUUUGAGCAUAUACCUUGAAAAUUUCGCUACAAGCUUAGGUUCUCGUGAGCAACUCGCCAUUGCUGAAUUCGCUAAUGCUUUGCUUGUUAUCCCCAAGACCCUUGCUGUGAACGCCGCUAAGGAUUCUACAGAAUUAGUCGCUAAGCUUCGUGCUUAUCACAACACUGCUCUUAAUGCUGAUGCAGAUGAUCGUAAGCGUGCCCUCAAGUGGUACGGUCUUGAAUUGAUCGAUGGUACAGUUCGUGAUAACCUCAAGGCUGGUAUUUUGGAACCCACCAUGUCCAAGAUCAAGUCACUGAAGAGUGCUACUGAAGCUGCUAUUGCUAUUUUAAGAAUCGAUGAUUUCAUCAAGGUUGCACCUGAGCAAAGAGGAAACCCUGAGGAUGAUGGUCAUGGUCAUUAAAAUGUUUUUUGUUAUAAAUAGUAUAUUUAUCAAAUAAAAAAAGAGAAAAAAAAAAAGAGAGAAAGAAUUAUAUAUUGUA